AUGGUGGCGGCUGCCGCCCUCACUCCCAGUCCCACCUCUACCCCUGUAGCUGCAGCCGAGCCACACUCUCAUAAACUCGGCGACUAUGAGACGAUCAAAGAUGUGAAUGACCCAUUCAUUCAUGAAAUCGGGAGGUAUGCAUGUAUUGAGUACAACAGGAUACACCGAAACGACUCUAAGUUUACACCACAUGUAUACGAGAAUGUGGUGGAAGGGAAAGAAGCGGUGGUGGCUGGAACUAACUACAAGCUCGUAUUAAAGAUCACAAUCAACAAACAAAGUCAUAACUAUGAGGUCAUCGUGUAUGACAGGCCAUGGGACAGCCACAGAGAACUUACGUCUUUCCGUCCCCUCUUGCAGCAUUGA